AUCAUGAGCCAGGAAUGUGAACUGAUAACUAUCUACGAAACCAUCAAAGGCCGGCUGGACAUCACAUCCACCUCGCUCGUAUUUACCAACUUGUCACCUGGAAGAAACAUUCCAACGGUGGAUGUGAUAAGGUUGCCAGUUGAUCAGCUGAAGGAGAUUCAUUUCAGGAGGUACAACUUGAGGAGAAGUGCUCUCGAGUUCUUCCUCAUCAAUCAGAAUAAUUAUUUCUUGAAUUUUGAAAAAUCGGUAAGAAACAAAAUAUACACUCGCAUAAUACGAUUGAGGCCGCCUAACUUGGUGUACUAUCAGUCAAGAUCGCCGGCAGAGAUCAUCAAGUCAUCUGGUCUCACGCAGAAAUGGGUUCAGAGAGAGAUGAGUAACUUUGAGUACCUCAUGCAGUUGAACACAAUCAGCGGUCGAACGUACAAUGAUCUCAGCCAAUAUCCUGUGUUUCCUUGGGUAUUGAGUGAUUACAAGUCCUCAACGUUGAACCUCGACGAUCCCAACGUGUACAGGGAUCUCGCAUGGCCCAUAGGUGCUGUCAAUCCAAGACAUAGGGAGCAAUUGAGGGAUAAAUAUGAAAGCCUGUCAGACAACUCAUCCGAUGCAUCAGAUAGAUUCCACUAUGGAACCCAUUACUCCAAUCCCGCUGGCGUUAUGCACUACCUCGUCAGGCUGGAGCCAUUCACGUCACUACAUGUUCAACUGCAGGAUGGGAGUUUUGACGUGACGGACAGACAAUUCCACUCGUUAUCUUCUACUUGGGAUACAUUGAUGAACAAUCCAAAUGAUGUUAAGGAACUCAUCCCAGAGUUCUUCUACCAUCCUGAAUUUCUUGUUAAUGUUAAUGAUUUAGACCUGGGAGAGAUGCAGAACAGCGACGAGAGGUUCGGUGACGUCAUCCUACCUCCAUGGGCUUCCUCUGCCAAUGAUUUCAUCGACAAGCACAUGCAGGCUCUGGAAUCAGACUACGUGUCAGAGAACCUGCACAAGUGGGUUGACCUCAUUUUUGGCUACAGGCAGCAAGGAGAGGCCGCUGUAGAGGCACUCAACGUCUUCUACUACUGCACAUACGAAGGUGCCGUUGAUUUGGACGCCAUAACAGACGAGAAGAAGAAGAAAGCGCUUGAGGGGAUCAUCAAGAACUUCGGACAGGCACCGUCACAACUCUUCAAGGAGCCACAUCCCAAGCGGCUGAGCAAGCGUGAGUGGUUGAAUCAGGCGUCGAAGGUUGACAGAGUCAUGUGCCUUUUCAACAGCGUCAACAACCUCAAAAUAUUCCAAGUCCAGGGUGCACCAUCCAACGGCCUCCCAUUGGUCCACGUAGACAUACCCAACAACCAAUCAUAUAGCUUGCCACAAUGGAACAAUGCAUCGUUAAAUAUGAUUUGCAUAACGGCGGAUGGUGUUUUAGGGGUUCAUUCCUGGCUACCUUAUGAUAGGAACAUAUCUAACUUUUUCACCUUCACUUCAGAUGUCUCCAUGUUCAAUCCAAGAUCUCAAAAAAAGUUAUUCACUUCUUCAAGUCUAGCCACUACAUAUCAGUCGUCAUCGUCAGCAUCAACAGCUUCAUCAACAAUGAAACUUUUUGUCGUUACACCAGACGCCAGAUUGAUUGUGAGUGGAGGACAUUGGGACAACAGCAUGCGAGUGUUUAGUCUGGUGAAGAUGAAGCAGAUCACAUCAAUUGUUUAUCAUACCGACGUCAUUACGUGUCUGGCCAUGGAUAGACUCGGAAAGAGAUUGGUCACUGGAUCGAGAGACGCCACGUGCAUUGUUUGGGAAAUUAUUUAUAAGGGAUCAAAAAGUGAGACCAUAAAUUCAACACCUCUCAAACUUUUGUACGGACAUUCGACGGAGAUCACCUGCCUGUCACUUUCAUGGGAGCUUGAUGUUGUCGUCUCUGGCUCCAAGGAUGGCUUGGUGGUCGUGUACACGCUGCAGGAUGGCCUGUACGUUCGUACACUGCAACCGCCGCACGCCAAAGGCUGGAUGGUUUCCGUGGAACAAAUGGCCAUGUCGCACCUCGGACACAUCUGCGUCUUCUGCAAACAUCAAAUCAUCAACAGCAGCAGCAACGGCAACAGCAGUGAUGACGGUAGCCGCAGUACGAGCAUCUCCACUGGUGAAAAGGAGAAGUUGACGAUGCAUUUGUAUUCGAUCAACGGGAAGCAUCUCUCAAAGGAAGACCUGCAAGAUCACGUCUCUGAUAUGAUCAUUCACUCUGGAUUCCUAUUGGUCGGAUUUUCCAGUGGACAAUUUGUCAUCAAAAAACUUUAUGGCCUUAAAACGGAAGCUACGCAGAAUUUCAACAGUGCAAUAAAAUGUCUGGCUAUGUCGCCAGGUGGCAGUCAUCUCCUCGUUGGCUUGAUCUCUGGUUGGAUCAUGAUACUCGCGCUGGAUAGGGUGUCGGAGCUCAAGUGAUCGAGGCGUUGAAUUCGUUCCAUGGAAAUGUAUUGUUGAUAUUAUUUUAAGAUUUCCAAUGUUGUACAUUUAACUUUUUAUUCAUUAAGAUUUCUUUUGCAUUUACUGUUAGUAGGGCUACGUUAGAUUCGGUUGAACGUGUAUUGUUUCCAUUGUCUACUAAUUUUAACAUGUUGACGGCGUCGAUCCGAUAUGUGUGAUUGAGUUUUUUUGCAGCCUGUGAUGAAUAUUUUACACGCGUUUCAAGCUAUUGCAUCCUUAUUGUACACGCCAAAUGACUAAAACUCCUAUGCAAAACUUGAUUGACGAUGGCGUAACUGUUGAGAAGAUUUUAGUUUUAGUAUUUAUGUGCAUUUGAUUUGCAUUUACUACGAUUAAUUUUUUUUUUUAUAUUUUUAAAAUUGCAAAUUAUUAAUACAUUCGUUUGUAUGAUCAAGUGCUGACAUGAUGAAAAGGCUACCAAUUAAUUGCCAACGUUUGUUCUUUAAAUUACUUUUGUUAUCAUGUUUUUAUCAUGAAUUAUAUUAAUUACUCCCGUAAUUAUAAAAUAGGUUUCGAAAAAUUGAAACGUGAUUUUUAGUUCAAUUAUAUUAAUUAGUUAAUUUUAAUUGAUUAUUUGAACGUUUUAUUGGCCAUUUUAGUGUAACAGCUAACUUUUAAUCUGUGAACUAAUAUUUGAAAUACUUCAUUGCAUUAAUUUUUCGCUUUUAUCUAUUCAUCCAUUUGGUUGGCUGAUGUCUACAGUGCCAUAGAUGUUAAUGAAUUCCGUAUAAGCUCCUGGUGAUCCAUGUCAAUAAAAUUUAAUCCAUUGUUUAUAAACAACUUGAAAAUAAUAAAUUAAUUGUUUCGUCAUUUUAAAUUUUACAUCGCUUUUCGUUUGGGGUGUUAACAUCACCGAAAUAUCGUUUUAUAAAAAAAAUUUAA